AAGCUCUAUUCUCCUAUGAUUAUUUACUUUAUUUUUGGUUUUAUUCAGACUAUUUCUUACAAUUUGGAAGAUUCAGCCGAAAGUACACUUCAUGCUGAUCACGAUAGUUGUUACAAUGAACUAGUAAACAUAAAUGAAGAUCUAACAAAUCUUGGAAGAAUUUUAAAUGAAUUACGUGAAGCUUGUACGCUUAAUUACCCCCCACCUUCCCCUACAACUUUCAAAAAAGAGAAAAAAUCGAAAAAAUCAACAAAAAAAGUUCAAAAAGCAGCCAAAAUGGUUGGGAAUGAAAGUAGUUCUUCUAUAUCUACAAUAAGUGAUGGGAGCCAAUCUAAACAACUUGAUUUAGAUGGAUUUCUGGUCCCAACUCCAAUGGAUGAUCUUCGACGAAGCAAUCCUGAUUUAAGCAUUUUAUCCAUGUCCGGAAAUAAUUCAGUGGCUAAAAGUGAAGAGAAAGAUCAUAAAAUUUCAUCAUCAGGUAAAGUACGGGGUUCAACAUUUUCUGUUCAAUCGCAAAAUAUGUCAUCUAAAAUUAAUGAAAUCACAGACGCCCAGAUUCGUUUUAUAUCAUCUGCAACCAAAAUUCACAAAAGUUUGGCGAAUGUAUCUGAAAGUUUUCUUCAUCACGAAGAUGUGAAGCAAAACAAAAGUUAUACCUCUCUAUUAAGUAAGGUAUCACAGCUAUCAAAAGAGAACACCGAUUUAAAUGCUAGAUUGAAGCGGAUCCACCAGGAUUCUGCCGUGUUUGAUCCCAGCGUAUCUGCUUCUAAUGUUCCGAGAAGAAUGAUUGAGUCCAAAAGACACCUUCUGGGAAAAUUGAUGUCAGAAAGCCAAUUAUCGAUUACUGAUACAAGUACAACGGACAUGUUUUACGACGCUGAAGAGUAUUUAUUGUCCGACGAAGAAAGUUCAACAGAUGAAGAAGAAAGUGAAGCUGGAGACGACGAUGUGUCGAGCGAAGCUGAUGUUUCAGAUAAUGAUGAUGCCACAGAUAUUCAAUCCACUGCAGACGUUAGUACCAUGCGAAGAGUAAAACUUCCAUGUCCAAGCCCAGACAGUGAUGUUAGUUUAUGGAAUAUCUUGAAAAAAAAUAUCGGAAAAGAUUUAAGUAAAGUUGCGAUGCCUGUUACUUUAAAUGAACCACUUAAUGCUUUACAGUUACUUUGCGAAGAGCUUGAAUAUAGUGAACUAUUAGAUGAAGCUGCCGUAUGCAGUGAUAAAUAUGAACGAAUGGCUCUUGUUGCCGCAUUCGCCAUCUCUGGCUAUUGUUCAACCUACCACAGAGCUGGACAGAAACCGUUCAAUCCAAUACUUGGUGAAUCAUAUGAAUGUGUCCGAGAAGACAAAAAUUUCAGCUUUGUAGCUGAACAGGUCAGCCACCAUCCACCAAUAUCUGCAUGUCAUUGCAUUGGGAAUACAUAUGAGUUCUGGCAAGAUGUUCGAUUUAAAAACAAAUUCUGGGGAAAAUCGAUGGAAAUAUUCCCUGUAGGAAGCGUCCAUGUAAAACUGAAAGAUUUUGGUUGUACUUAUGAAUGGAAGAAAGUAACAUCAUGCGUUCAUAAUAUUGUUGCUGGGAGUCGAUGGAUUGAACAUUAUGGAGAUAUGGUUAUCACAAGCGAGGAUGUAGUUUGUAAAAUAUUAUUCAGCAAGAGUGGAUACUGGAAUGGCAAACAUGGAGCAAUAUCUGGAGUUGUACUUAACAAUAAAGAUGAAGUAAUGCAUAAACUACAUGGAAAGUGGUUUGAGGGAAUAUUUUGUGAAACUUCGGGCAGAACUAGAUGCAUUUGGAGACCAGGUGUCAUGCCCCAUGAAUUUGAGCGUCAUUAUGGGUUUUCGAAAUUUGCGAUUCAAUUAAAUGAACUUCUUGAACAUGAAAGAAAAGUUCUUCCGCACACUGACACUCGAUUUCGACCAGAUCAGAGGUUGUUGGAAGUUGGUGACGUGGAUGGCGCGGAGAUGGAAAAGCAAAGAGUUGAACAAAUACAAAGGGAUCAGAAACGACUAAGGGAUGCCAACAACAUUGAAUACCUGCCAAAGUAUUUCAAGAAAGUAUCAUCAGGCAACACUGAAAGCUGGAUGUUUAUUGGAAACUAUUGGCAGUGGAGAAAAGAUGGAUUCGCAAACCAUUUAGCUAAGCAGACUGCAUUGUGGUAACAUUUCACAUUUCGCUUGAAUCUAAUAUUGCAGCCACACAUUUUCUUGCACAUGUGCAUUUGGAACCCGCCGUGCACUUAGUGCCUUAAUACGUAUAACAACACUGAUUAAUAUUUUUAUACAAUUAUUGACAGACAGAUUAAUAAUACAAUAUCAGCAACACAUAUUCUUUGCCAAUGUUUCUAUGCAUUUUGCACUUCAUGUUUCUGCUUAUAUGUUUUGCAUGGAUUUAAUUUUUAAGCCAACAUUUCUAUUUUUGUGUAAAAUCUGUACUGAUUUUAUUAUCGAUAUAUACAUCCGGUGUAUUUAAUGCCGUUUUACAUGGCACCAGUACACAAUUUAUGCAGCAAAUUUUAGUAUCCAAUUAUAUACACUAAAUUAUACAGCUACAAAUUUACACCAUUCAGUUUUUUUUUGUAAUGCAAUAGUAUAGCUAUUAUAUACUAAUGUAUCAAAUAGAAAAAUAAAAUUAUGUUGUUUAUAACAAUCACAUUUAAUGCCAAGGUUCUGGGAAAUGAAUAAAUAACUAAAGUUUUAUUGUAAAAUUGAAUUGCUAUGAAAUGUUUUGGUCACAUUAUAAUAACUGAAACAUGAUUGUAUUGUAAUAAUACUGUACUGUUUUAUGGAAAAAUGGACUGUUUUAUGGAAAAAA